AUGGAUAUCAGGCUGGUGGUGUUGAGCAUUUUACUGGUUGCAGUAAGUGGGCGCUUGCACAGGAGACUCUGCCCGAAAUCCCGCUAUUUAUCAGUGACGUCUUCUGACAUAACAACACUAAAGGAGCUGCAACACGAUCAUGAAAAGAACAUGUCUACCAACGCAAUGAGAUGCUACAGAAGAAUGCUGAGACACAAACCAUCUGUAUGUGACCUUACGCAAAGGGAUCGUCUCAUCCUGACUUUGGAGCGGGUGUCACUAACAGUUGAGGUUCUAACGAAUAUUUCUGUGUCUGCUCAGGAUGAAACUGUAAAACAGGCACUUAUGGUUUUCCUCAAACUGAAAGAUGAUCUGAUGGUCUGUAGAGGAUCUCCAGAAUACAAUGAGCCCACCUCACCCGAGCUGAAGCUGUGGCUACAUCACCUCCAGCAUUUUAAGGAGGCAGCAUCUCCAGAUUGUGUCCAGGAGGCUGUAAUACUUAGUCUUAUCCCUCUGAGAGUGGAAGAUGUGACAUGUUGGGCUCUCAACCACUAAACUCCCUACUGU